AUGUCUUUCAUCUGGAAAAUAAUCUUUGCUGUUGCUGUGGUUCUAACAGUUCACUGCAUGGAUGAACGUCAUGAUCCUGUGAUGAGGCAAGCCAUCCGACCAGUUCAGAGAGCUUCUGAUUCUUUUCCCAAGAAAGAUGAAUAUCAAAUGAAAGUUAUGAUGGUUAUGGGAACUAUCUACUGCAACGGAGAGAGAGCUGCCGGAGUCCAACCAUUUUUCCAAGAUCCGUAUUCUCCAGACCACCCGGCGGUCUACACCCGUACCGAUAAAAUAGGAUUCUACAGAUUGGAGACUACAAACAAGUUCGACAGGGAGAGCGAAGUAUGGUUCACUAUUCGUCACCAGUGCCCAAUGCCAAACGUUACACCAGCAGCCCACUGCAACACCCCGUUUUAUUGGACUGAGAUCCCAAUUGAUUAUCCAGACAAAAAUUCCCACGUUACUUUCAACUUCGACUUGGCUGACAAAGGAAACUAUACGAGAGCUUACUGCCUCUACUGA